CCUGGCGCCAGCUUUCCUGAUGGCCUUGUGAAAUCCAUCCUGGAACUUCACCUGAGGAAAGAAUCUGCUGAUUUCCAAGCUUCCUUCUGUUCCUGCCCUCCCCAGAAGUGCCCUUAGGAUGGCAUCCGACAGCCCCGAGUCGUUGAUGAGGCUGUGCACAGAUUACUGCCUGCGCAACCUGGAGGGGACCCUCUGCUACCUGCUGGACAACCAGACCCUGAGGCUGCACCCUGACAUCUUCCUUCCCAGCGAGAUCUGCGACAAGCUGGUCAAUGAGUACGUGGAGCUGGUGAAGACAGACAGCAUCUUUGAGCCCCAUGAAAGCUUCUUCACCCUCUUCUCCGACCCCCGCAGCACCAGGCUGGCUCGGAUCCACCUGCGGGAGCAGGUCGUGCAGGACCAGGACCUGGAGGCCAUCAGGAAGCAGGAUCUGGUUGAGCUCUACCUGACCAACUGUGAGAAGCUGACAGCUAAGAGUCUGCAGACCUUGGUGAGCUUCAGCCACACACUGAUCUCCCUGAGCCUCUUUGGCUGCUGCAAUAUCUUCUACGAGGAGGAGAACCCUGGAGGCUGUGAGGAUGACUGCCUGGUGAACCCCACCCGCCAGGUCUUGGUCAAGGACUUCACCUUCGAGGGCUUCAGCCGCCUGCGCUUCCUGAACCUGGGCCGGCUGAUCGAUGGCGUCAACGUGGAGAGCCUGCUGCGGCCCCUGGCUUCCCUGGCAGCUCUGGACCUCUCUGGCAUCCAGCUGAGCAAUGUUGGCUUCCUGACACAGUGGAAGGACACUUUGGUUUCCGUAGUGCUGUACAACAUGGACCUCUCAGAAGAGCACAUCCAAGUGAUCGCACAGCUUCACAAGCUCAGGCACCUCGACAUCUCCCGAGACCACCUCUCCAGUUACUACAAGUUCAAGCUGACCCGGAGGGUGCUGAGCCUCUUUGUGGAGCACUUGGGCAACCUCAGCUCAUUGGACAUCUCAGGGCACACCAUGUUGGAGAACUGCACCAUCCCCAGCAUGGAGGAGAAGAUGGGGCAGACAAGCAUCGAGCCAGCAAAGAGCAGCAUUGCUCCCUUCCGGGGCCUGAAACGACCUCUCCAGUUCCUGGGGCUCUUUGAAACCUCCCUGUGUCGCCUGACACACAUCCCAGCCUACAAGGUCAGUGGAGACAAGAACGAGGAGCAGGUCCUGAACGCCAUUGAGGCCUACACUGAGCACCGGCCAGAAAUCACCUCCAGGGCCAUCAAUCUGCUCUUCGACAUCGCCCGCAUCGAGCGCUGCAGCCAGCUGCUGCGAGCCCUCCAGCUGGUGAUCACAGCCCUGAAGCGCCACAAGGAUGACAAGAACAUCCAGGUGACCGGCAGCGCGGCGCUCUUCUACCUGACCAACUCAGAGUACCGCACGGAGCAGAGCGUGCGGCUUCGGCGCCAGGUGAUCCAGGUGGUGCUGAACGGCAUGGAGGCCUACCAGGAGGUCACGGUGCAGCGGAACUGCUGCCUGACACUGUGCAACUUCAGCAUCCCUGAGGAGCUGGAGUUCCAGUACCGCCGAGUCAACGAGCUGCUGCUCAGCAUCCUCAACCAGAGCCGGCAGGAUGAGUCCAUCCAGCGCAUCGCUGUGCACCUCUGCAACGCCCUGGUCUGCCAGGUGGACAACGACCACAAGGAAGCUGUGGGCAAGAUGGGGUUUGUCAUGACAAUGCUGAAGCUGAUCCAGAAGAAACUGGCUGAUAAAACGUGUGACCAAGUGAUGGAGUUCUCCUGGAGUGCCCUCUGGAACAUCACUGAUGAGACCCCUGACAACUGUGAGAUGUUCCUCAACUACAGUGGCAUGAAACUGUUUUUGGAGUGCUUGAAAGAGUUCCCAGAGAAGCAGGAGCUGCACCGCAACAUGCUGGGGCUGCUGGGCAACGUGGCUGAGGUGCGGGAGCUGCGCCCGCAGCUGAUGACAGCACAGUUCAUCGGUGUCUUCAGCAACCUGCUGGAGAGCAAAGCAGAUGGGAUUGAGGUGUCCUACAAUGCCUGUGGUGUGCUAUCCCAUAUCAUGUUUGAUGGGCCAGAGGCUUGGGGCAUUUGUGAGCCCCACCGAGAGGAGGUUGUGAAGAGGAUGUGGGCAGCCAUCCAGAGCUGGGACAUCAACUCCAGGAGAAACAUCAAUUACAGGUCAUUUGAGCCAAUCCUUCGGCUACUCCCCCAAGGGAUCUCCCCAGUCAGCCAGCACUGGGCCACGUGGGCGCUCUACAACCUGGUUUCUGUCUACCCUGACAAGUACUGCCCACUGCUGAUCAAGGAAGGGGGGAUUCCCCUUCUGAAGGACAUGAUCAAAAUGGCCUCAGCACGACAGGAGACCAAGGAGAUGGCCAGGAAAGUUAUAGAGCACUGCAGUAACUUUAAGGAGGAGAACAUGGACACUUCCAGAUAGAGGCAAGCUCCUGGUGCCUCCUGCCAGCACUGUUCCCAGCUUCUCUCUAACCCACUGUACAUAGGGAGGACUCUUUCUUACCAACUUGCCUGUUGGAAGGAACCUUUGUGUGCGUGUGUGUGUGUGAAAGACCCUCAGUAGCUGAAGGU